ACACACUCACAAUGUGGUCGUAUAUAAUAAACUGAACGCAUCUAUACUGACCAUGUCUAUACCUCCAUAUCGCUGAUUAUAGGAUCAAUUCGAUUGUGUCGAUAAUUACUAUACAUAAGGCAAAUAAAGGUUCAACCACCAACAUAUUAGUUUGAUAUCUAGUUGAUAUCUCGUAAUCGGAAAUUCUCAAUUUGUGGAAUAACUAUGUGGAAUUUUACAAAGGAAUACCAUCUCUUUAUCGUGAUAUUAGUCAUUGUAUUAACAGGAGUCAUUCACGUGAACUGCGUGAGCAAAAACGAAAGUGCAGCCAAGAUGCUUUCUGAUCAGCUCAUGAGGAAUUACGGGUCACCUUCAAUCAGGCCAGUCAAGAAUAACGCAGAUACUGUGGCUGUUUCAUUCCGAGUUCUAAUCUCUCAGGUUAUUGCAUUCGAUGAAAGAAAACAGCAUGUUCAGAUUAACGGAUGGAGAAGAGAGGAUUGGCGUGAUGAGUUUCUACAAUGGGUCCCUGAUGAUUAUGAUGGUCUGGAAACGAUCACGUACAAUAAAGAUGCAAUCUGGAAACCUGAUAUCGCUCUCAUAGAAAAUGUUAACACGGACUACAUCAGCGAAUUCGACGCUGACGUCAUCCUGAGUUAUGACGGCAAUAUCACGUGGUUCACUCCCAUCAUCACCACCAGUGCUUGCAUGGUUGGGGUGCGAUACUUUCCUUUCGAUUUCCAGAAUUGCCAGAUGACCUACAUGUCAUGGGCUUAUGAUUCGAGUGGCAUUGAGCUUACCCUUCCAACCAACGAAGAUGCUAAUCAGGACAUAUUCCUUCAAAAUGGCGUCUGGUCGCUGCGUGGCGUGAGUGGCGAGGAAAGAAAUGUAACAUUCGCUUGCUGCGAGAUUCCUUAUUCUCAGAUCAUCUACAGUCUAACUCUUGAGAGAGCUUAUGGAUUCUAUGUCCUUAACAUCGUCCUCCCCAGUGGCUUGCUCGCCUUCGUUAACUGCCUUGUUUUUCUACUGCCCCCGGAGUCAGGGGAACGUCUCCAGUUUGCCGUUGCCAACCUUCUGGCCGCCAUUUUGUUUCAGCAACUCAUUGGUGGUAUCAUGCCGCCUCUUGGCGAUGAACUACCUCUUCUAGGAAUGUUCUUUGUUUACAUGAUCCUGACAAACUGCUUCGUUCUUGCCACGAGCAUUUUGAUUCUUCGGUUCUACCACCAGAAGGGGGAUAAGGUCGUCCCCGGGUUUCUGCGCAAAAUUUGCUUCCUGAAGAGGGCAAAAGAGAAGCUAUUGAAGCGCCAUUCUAAUUUAAAGAAUAGUGUCUUUUCCGUUCAGGAACCCCACCCUGACUUUUUGGGCGAGAUCAGGAUGGACUCUCAACAAACAUCGUCGUCAUCGAAGAACGGCGAGUCGCUCCGGCUGCAUUCCGAUUCCCGCAUUGCCGACGUCAACGACGUGCACUGUGAGCCAACCAACCAGGCAUCUGCUUGGCAGAGGAGAACCUCAAUCAGCACGUGUUCGAUGUUGGAACGGAACAAAAACGAUUGGCAGCAGGUUGCUCGUAUCUUAGACUAUUAUUUAUUUUUGUUCAUCGUCUUCAUCACAACUACUGUUGUCGUCGUCAUCGUCAUAUUGUUUUGUAUCCAAUGAUGAAACACAAAUUUGUUUAUUUAAUGUGGUUAUCCAGCCUACAUGCCUAUUAUGAUGUCAUUAACCUACGAGGGUCGUUAUUGUGUAAAAUAAUUAUGAAUAGUUUCAAGCCUGUCUGCAAGGGAAAAAUUGCCGUUGUAGCAGGAUACUUGUGUCAACACAUAAUCUUACUUUAUAGAAAGAAUUACCUCCGUAGAAAGUCUGAACUUUAAUGUUGCUAAAUUUGAUUAUGUUUCACCAGAAGUAGAUUUUGGAAGGUAUGCAUGAUAUGACAUUCGACUUGGAAUCUUAAAAGCAUCUUGGUAUGGCGGUUCUGACUCUCGACUAUAGUUAUCAAUAUGUCGCGUGAUUGUCGUAUCCCAACGCAGCCAAGCGUCCUUUGGCAAGGCGUUAGUCCACACUUUGCCAUUUUCCACCCAGGUGUUAAAUGAUUACCUAGUACGAUGCAAAAGCUUAUGCAGUACGCCUAGCAACUGAGUCUUGGACCUCUUGUUGGAAUGCUCCCCAAGAGUGGACUGAGUGAAUACAUUGUGUACGGUCACGCCAGGAUCCGAGUACAGGGGUAAUGAUAAUUAUAUAAAGCGCUUUGAGACGUCCUUCCGAUGUAAAAAGUACUAUAUGAAAGAAGAAUAUUAUCAUUAUUACAGAUGAAUAUAUUUACUCUGCUACAAGUACUUUAGGCUUGCUGCAUUCAAUGUUGUGUUAUUUAUGUCAUCACAGGGUGUUUUUUUAUAUCGAUGAAAUGGCUGCAUAGAAUAUGUAUCUAUAUCUAUAUGUGUAUUUAUAUUAUACAUACAAACUGUUUCCGAGAUUGUGACGUUAGUCUCUAAUACUGAACUGAUGUCAUCCUAAAGGUCCGUGUUUCAUAAGUUUUUCAUCAGCGAUGGAACGAAUUGUUCAUAAAACAAUGUAUGCAUGUUUUUUUUAAAUCGAUGUACAGUGUGGUAUUUGUCUAAUUGACGGGAAAUUAUACUAGGCAUGCUUGAGAGAGUGUGACAGAAACGCACGUAAAAUGCUUUGGCUUCACUUAUAGCAUGCUGUCGCCAAGCAUGAUUCACCUCGCUCAAUGUUAUUUAUAUACAUAAAAAUGGGAGAUGUGGAUUGAUUUAUCAUUUUUUGCGAUGAAUAAGGCCGAUUUGAACACAUUAUAAAACGCUAUUAAUUGGUAUUACAAUCAUAGGUAGUGCUACAGGAGGCGACCGGCCCUAUCAAAAAUAUGAAGGAGAUGAUAAAAAAGAGGUAGAAAGGCCAUACUAAGGCCUUUUACAUAAUAAUACAAAUUGCCUGUUACUUUGCGUGCAGCCCUUUUCUGCAAUCGUAAAAGUGUAUUCCUAUGAUGUAAAAAAAAGAAUAAUCAAAACUUGGUUGUGUAGUAUAUUUUAUUCAAAACAAUUUUCAUUAGUGUAUAUAUCUUAUAACUUUUAAGGUUUAAUAUAAGGUUUAAUUUAAUAUUUGAUAUAAACAUCACAGUAUAGAUUAUAAUCAUGGUGCCUAGGUAUCUUAUACUUUGUAUAUGUUAAUGAUUUCAUUAUUAAUAUGCACCUUCAAUUUCAGAUCAUUAUUUCUUACUUUUAUUGGUCAACAUCGUAACAUUACUUUUUUUCGCAUAAUUCCUUAAUCUGUUACAGUAAUACCAUUCAUAUAUAGAAUUCAAAUCUGCUUGAAGCUUGGAUGUUAUGACAUUGAUCAGACACAUAUAUAUUACAUGUACAAUUCUUUAAACAAUCUGUAAUAUCAUUUAUAUAAAAAAUAGAAAAAAACGAGGGACCUAACAUACUACCUCGACGAAUUCCUAUAGAUAUUUAUUUUGUUUUAGAUUGUUUACCUUGAGAAAACUGCUUGUUUUCUGUCUGAAAGAAAGCUUUUAAACCAUAGGAGCUCAGUGUCAAAAUGCCAGAAUUGUUCAUUUUAAACAGUAAUAGGUCGUUACAAUCAAGACAUUUAGAAUUAUCAAGAAAACUUUAUCUUUUUCCUUAAAAGAUUCGUACAAUCAUCAAUAAUUAUAUGUAAACAAGUAUAAGUUUAGUUAUUUGGCAAUAAGGCAUAUUGGUCAAUAUUAAUGAGAUCGUUUGUCUGUCAAUAAAAUAAGAAAUGGGAUUGAACUUCCUUUUCCACUAAUUUAACUGUCAAAAUAAAGUGAGUCAGAGUUUGGUGGUCGGUAUAAAUAUCCCAUUACAACUUUAUUUGACUUUAGUAGCCACAACAGUCUCAUAAAAAAUAAUGUAUAGAAUGGUGUACAUGUACAUAUAUGCAGACACCACCACCUCUUGUAUCUCUAUCCUUUCUUAUUAAAAGAUAAUUACAAAUGUUAAUAUCACCGUCAGUUAUAUCAUUCGACCAACCGCCCUUUCACACGGUAAAAAAAAUCGUAAUAUGAAUGAUGAUUCCAGUAAAAAUAAGGCUAAUGACGAAUAUUUAGCACGUGUGAAACCAAACUAAACGAUGAUUCACGAACGCUAAUCACGGUCAUGAUUACAAUGAUGAUUCAAGAUUCACGUGUGAAAAGGCCCUGUGAUUAGCGUUCGUGAUUCUUCUCAUGUUCUAGUUUGGUUUCACAUGUGCUAAAUAUUCGUCAUAAGCCUUAUUUUUCACUGGAAUCAUUCAACUUACGAUUUUUUUUUUUACCGUGUGAAAGGGCGGGUAGAAUAACAAGAUUGGUCUUUGAAAUUAAAAAAAGAAUUUCAUCAAUUUUCCCUAACAAACUAAGAACAUUAGUUUAGAUGGUCUAUUUUUAGUCCGUUAAGAGUGGGGAGCUUGUAAGCACAUUUAUCAUACUCAUUUCGCACCGAAGGUUGGUCAUUUCGUUUUUCAAUAUCAUUAGGUUGAAAGGCACGUUCUCCAUGGCCUGCUUCUUAAUAAUAGUGACACAUUUUUUUCUUUAUGUCCAAGCUGAGAGCAUUGUCGACAUUGGAGUUGGAAACUUGAAGUUGGAAACUGUUCCUACACUUAUGUUCACGAUGGUUGGGUUCGCCACAGUAUUGCAGCUCGCAGUUGCGUGAUUAUACUAAGUGGGCGUGGCAGCAACUACCGAAGCGGACGAUCUACGUUGAUUCCGACGAAACGAAGACGGGGGAAAUCCCUGAUUCGGAUAAGAGUGUGUAGAAGGUCUGAAGGAAAACUAGUUGAGGUUCGGUGGUUUACUAAAAUGCGAGGGGGUAGUUGAAAAGGUUGACAGGGAAACGGUUCUAGUUGUAGAUUCAGUGGAUAUAGAACAAAGGGGAUCGAACCACAAAGCUUGUGUUACAGGCGCGCCCCACAAUGCCCUGUAACUUGAAGUCCAUUUGAUAUACUAGUAUUCUUAGCGAUUUUAUCGCCGCGUCGUUCUUUUUCGUUAGAUUCGUUUGUUCAUUUUUCCGAAUAUGUUUUCCCCAUCUUCAUGAUUAUUAUAGGAUGACAAAGAUUAAGUGUGCUAGAAAGCAUGUAAUAAAAUCCAUACUUUUGUAUAAAAUGAUCUUUACGAAUAUAAGUAUGAAGAAAUAAGGUAUGUAAGCUGCCUGGAUACGAAUGGUUACAUUCAAAUGUAAUUUCAGUAUCGAGGAGACAGAAUGCAAAAUUCUUGAUAUAUCUGUAACGUCGCAAUCAACAGUUGAAAUAAAAUAUGUGAGUGUAAUAAUCUCUAUUUUUUACGGAUACUAUCAUUCAACAUAUUUUAAAUUGGCAAACUUAUUUAUAAAUCUGACAGAAACUGGUCUUCGAUAUUUCUUCUCUACUUCUUCUUCUUAACACAUACUCCUUGUGAAACGUUACAAAAUGUGCUGGUUAUUUUAAAGUAUAUUCUUUAUCUUUGACAUCCGUUUAGCAUUCAGCUACACAAAUAUCUCCCAUCUAACCCACCAGAAAAGGAAUCAAAAUCGAAAUAUUUAUUUGCUUCAUUUCAUGUUAUCUUCUUAACGAAUAUUGUAUAUUUGAUUAUUCAUGCUUGAUCAAUUUCCCCUUACAUGGCCUAUGCUCAGGAGUUUCUUGCAUUCGUUAAAUAUUCACUGUGAAUCUACGCAAUACUGUAUACCUACCAGUAUCCAGCGAAAUACAAUACAAAAUAGUGAAAUAUUGCAUGUGUGCUUGUCACUGGUUAUAAUAUUCGAAGGCCUCAUAGGUCAAGCCUGUAAGACAUAUAAGGAUCUCUUGACAUUACGACUGCUAUUCAUAACGGAUAAGUACCUAUAAAAUAUAAAAAAAAUGUGGGUCACUCUUUACAAAUUGACACGGAAUAUUGAUUAUUCGGUAUUUUGUUGUUGGUUUGGAAAUAUAUAUCUGAGCAUUCUGCUCCUAAGGCUUCCUCAUUAUCGUGUUACGCACUUGAGAUUAUUUGUUAAUCAUAUUUAUAUGUGAAGCAUGUGAAUGCUCUACAGCAUAAUUAUGUUACUAUAUUAAAGUUUGUUAAGGUCUCGGAUUUUGUGAAAAUAUAAACUUAAUGAAUACUGAUAUAAACUCA